AUGGGUUCUCUAAAGACUAGUGGCUGUCUGAUGCCGGGAUGGAGAGGUGGUGGCUGUAGGCUGAACAAGGAGUUCUUGGAUCGCGGCAUCUUUGGGUCUAAACGAGGCAUUGUAUAUGAAUGGAUUAGUGGAGCUUUGUUGAAGGUGGUCUGGCCCCCUGCGGGGGGAAGCAAGGGUGAACCCUGAGGUUUUCUUUUUUGUUUCUUUGUUUUUAUCUUGGGGAUUUUGUUUGGAGAGUCUGGAUUUUUUUGUUCCAUUGCAUGGGGCUAUGGUUCUUGCAUUGGAUACGUGGUGUGCAUGGGAUUGAUGCUCUGGUGACAUCCACAGACUCGUACUGAAAAUACAGAGGACAACCCCGGUAGGAAAAGAAAAUGAUCUACCAUCUGAUUAUUGCAUCUGAGGCUUCAUAGACCGUGAAAAACAUUUUAAUCUCCAAAGGAUGUGGUGGUAUGCUUGUUUAUAUCGGAGGAUGUGCUAGUUUCACCAGCUAGCUGAGG